AUGUCAAUGAUGGCCCGAUCAUUCAUCAACCAGCCAAGUGGUCGAGCAGUAACUCGAUCAUUCAAUCUUCCUUGGUCUAGUGGUGAUGAUUUCCGCUUGUCAUUAAUACCGAUAAGCGCGGGAGACCGGGGUUCGAUUCCCCGAGGGAGAGCAUGCUUCUUGCUCUUCACUACUGGGUCCGUCGCCGCAAGCCCUAAGAAAAAGUCUGUUGCCCCAUAUAACACAACCGGGCCUGUCCAUUCAACAAGGCCGGCUGGCCCAAUGGCAAGGCGCUUGACUACGAAUCAAGAGAUUGCAGGUUCGACCCCUGCGUCGGUCAAUUACAUUUUGCUUUUUGAAGCUGUCAAUGGUGUGUGUGGUGGACGAGAAGCUCUUAUCAUUUUGCAUCGAAGUGGUGGCCGUGGAGCAUGA